UUGAUGACGUCACUUACAAGCGACUUCGCGCGCUGUUUUGGAGAAGCGUAGGAGCGGAAAGAAAAGAAGACUUUUAGAUUAGAAAUCGUUUCUUCUUCUUUCGGUCAUUGAGCCUGAAGGCCACCGGGGCAGGGAUGUUUUCUCCGCGUACCGGCCCGAGUUCGGCCCGCAGGCAGCAGAACAGAACACCGGCCAGGAGAGCGUCCAGUAGCCUGAUGCUCACCCCGCGACGGACGCCUCUGUCGGCGAGGCCGACACCAGGUCGUGAGCAAAGCCACGCCGACUGCCUCAGCUAUGACGUGCAGACGUUUGGCUCGUCGCUGCCGGUCAAGGUGAUGGAGGCGCUGACCAUGGUCGACGCUGAGGAGCCCAUUUCCGUGAAGGUGAGCGAGAGCGGCUGGGCCUGGAUGGUUUGUGGUGACAGACUCAUCAUCUGGAAGAUCUCCCAGAGGGCUGUGGCUAAGCUGUGUGUGUGUAAGGAACUUCAGCUGCCGAACAGCCAGUACGAUUACACGGCCGACCUCGUUGCCGUGACAUCCAUAGCCCCUUUGGAGACUGCGGCGGUCCAGGCCAUCUCAGUCCUGGCCGUGGCGGCCGAGGGAACCGCUCGUUUGUGGCCCAGCUUGUCUCAGGAGGGAAAUUACACAGAAACCGACCUGGACCUGGGAGACCUGUGCUCCUUCGUGGUGGCGGUCGCUGGUGACAGCUUCAUCGUGUCUUCGGCUAUGAGUCGCCACAUGAGAGUCGGUGCGGAUGCUUCCGGAAGACUGCAGUACCGAGCUGUGCAUCAGGGCCAAGGUGUGCUGUCAGGCAUCGGACGCCGAAUGUCCAGCCUCUUCGGCAUCCUUUCGCCACCUGCCAACGACACCCUCCACAGUGUGCUGUGGGUGGGCGAAACCGGCUCUUUCUACACGCUGACCAAAUCCCAUUUGAGUAAAUGGGAAGUGGACAAGAACUCGGAGCAGCAGACGGUCAGCUGGGAUGCCCAAAGAGCUCUGACUGAGAGCAUCACCAACGCCAUCCUGAUGCAGCAGCGGCACGAUACAGCGGCGGGAGACCCAUGCAUGUCCACAACACAGGGCCCCAAGAGCAACUACGAGGAGAAGCGUGAUGAAGUCAACGUGAGCUUUUUGGACAUGAAGCACGGCCAAGCCGGAUUGGUGGUUCUGGCGGCCGCCUGGCACCCAUCAGACAACCCAUGCCAGGUCUACUUUUGCCUGGUCACUUUGCAGGAUCUGGGUGCUGCCAUCUCUAACCAGUUCACCGUGGAGGUCACCAAAUACAACCCCGUCUUCCAGAGCGAGGCAGAACUGCAGUCCACACGUCUCAUGUUGCCGCCUUUUCCCGGCCUCACCGCUUUUAUCUACAACGAGGAGCUCGUCUUCGCCUGCUCCACAGGAAGCAGCAGGGGGGGGCUUCCAGACGAGAGGAUCCAUUUUAGCUCACCCGGUGACGGUGUGCGUGGUGGCGGAUGCUGCACCAACCUGCCCAUCUUCUUCUCUCAAAACAGUGGCCUGGUGGCUGUGGUGGCCCGGGAGAGCACCUCCAUUCUGCCGGAGACCGUGGAGGACUCUCUGUGCUCGUCUCUGGCAGCGGCACCGGAGGUGUCCAUGAUGGAGCAGCCAAGCCAAGCUGAACCUGUAGCUCAGGAGGACAAACCAAAGAUCUUGAAGGCAGCCUUUUUGCAGUUCUGCCGAAAUGACCUUCUGGGUGCUCAGACGGUCACAGACGAGCUUUUCCCAGCGGGCGGCGAUGCGGUGGAGGGAGGUGAGCUGGAUGCCAUGGUGAUCCAAAUUAACCUGGACCUGCUGGACGACUACCCGGCCUCCGACCCUCGCUGGGCCGAGUCUGUACCUGACGAGAGCGCUGGCUUCCCGCUGACAUCCCUCAUCAUCCUCCACCAGCUGGAGGACAAGAUGAAGGCCCACAGUUGCUUCAUGGACUUCCUUCUGCAGGUGGGUCUACUGGACCAACUUGGCCAAGUGACGGUGCGCUCGUCUCCCAUGGCGACGCGGCUGCUUCUGUGCGAGCACGCCGAGAAGCUGCAGGCGGCCAUGGUUCUGAAGAACCGCCACACCAAACACGGGGAGGUGGUGAACCGCGCCAUCGCCGCUGUGCUGCACAGGAACAACGCUACAGUUGCCCCCAGCCUCACUGUGGCCGACGUCUUCUUCAGGGAGGUGUCGCAGAUCUCUUCCAUCUUUGAUUGUCUGCUGGAAGAGGAGGAGAGGAGCAUCAGGGAGAACCCGGUGGACUCGGUGCAGUGGGCCGAGGUGGUUUUGACCGUCAAUGCUAUUGUCAAGGACAUGCUUCACGCUGCUUUGCAGUACCGAGAGACCAAAGCGUCUGUGUACAGAGCUUCUGAGAAUGCUGCUGCGGAACCAGAGUACAUGCCGUGGACAGCGUUGGGAGGCGUGGGCGGCGUCCGCACGUUCAUCUCGCGCCAACACGAGCUCAUCCUGCGCUCCAUGUAUCCGCACGCCGACUCGGAGCUGCGCAGCGUCCUGUGCGAGCAGCUGGUGGCGCUGUUGGACUUCUACCUGGGGGGUUACGUGGCCCAGCUGAACUCUCUGCAGCAGCAGGCGCCCACUGGCGCCCAACAGGAGCGCUACAACAGCCUGGAACUGGAGUACAGCCAGCGCCGAUCCGAGCUCCUGGCGCCGCUCCUGGAGCUGGGUCAGUACCAGUGGGUGGCGGCGCUGGCUGAGAAGUACUGUGACUUUGACAUCCUGGUCCAAAUGUGCGAGCUGACCGACAACCAGAGCCGCUUGCAGCACUACAUGAGCAAGUUUGCACACCAGAACUUUGCUGACUUCCUGUUUCGCUGGUACAUGGAGAAAGGGAAGAGGGGGAAGCUUCUGUCCCAGCCGGUCGCUCAGCACCAACAGCUGGCCGGCUUCCUGCAGGCCCACCAACACCUCAGCUGGCUGCAUGACAUCCACGUGCAUGACUACCAGAGCGCCCACGGCACCCUGUCCAAGCAGGCCAGCAUGGAGACACGUUACUUCGCCAAGAAAAAGACUCUCCUGGCUCUCAGCAAGCUGGCGGCACUGGCGUCCAACCUUCCGGAUGAUGAGCUGGGAAAACAAGUUGAAGACGUGGUGGAGCAGGAGCGCUUCCUGCUCCACCAGGAGACGCUACCCAGGCAGCUUCUGGAAGACAAGCAGCAGAAUCCCGACACCAUGCCCCUCCUCAGCGCUUACAACCUGAUCCAGCUUUACAUCUGUGACGACAACCGCAGGGCCAACGAGUAUGACUUCAAGAAGGCGUUAGAUCUCCUGGAAUACAUCGACCAGGAAGAUGACCUCGACAUUGACGCGCUCAAGUGUGACAUCUUUGGAAAAGUUCUCAGGAGGGACGACUGGUCCUCUUCUGACGCCAACGAUGACCCUCUGGAAGCCGCCAAGGACAGCAUCUUUGUCAAGAUCCUGCUCAAGCUCAUCGAAGAAGGUGUUCCUCUACAGACGUACCUGCCGGACGUCAAGGACCUGCUGGAGCUGGAAGAGCUGAGCAGUUUCAAGUCCAAACCUUACUUUGAAUUUGUGCUGAGAGCAAAUUAUGAACAUUAUCUGCAAGCGCAGAUUUGACCGUAUCCUGUAAAAUACACUACUUGUGUACUUUUCCAAAUAAAGGUUUCUAGGUUUUUUUUGUA